GUGCCUUGUGGAUGUGUAUCGUGCUGAACCCCCACUGUAAGCCGGAGCAAAAGGCCGCUUGGCUUCGGCAGCUCAAGAAGUGGAACAGUGUGGACGUGUGUCCCUUGGAGGACGGUAACCAUGGCAACGAGCUGCCCAAUUUAACCAAUGCCUUGCCUCAGGGUGCUCACGGCAACCAAGAUUUGGGCACCCGGCCCCACCGGACGGUUUUCACGCGAGCCAUCGAGGCAUGCGAUCUCCACUGGCAAGACAGCCACUUACAGCACAUUAUCAACGACGACCUCUACACCAACUACUGCUACCAUGACAACACUGAAAAUUCGCUCUUUGACUCUCGCGGCUGGCCCUUGUGGCACGAACACGUCCCUACGGCCUGCGCCAGAGUAGAUGCACUGAGAUCUCACGGUUACCCACGGGAAGCACUGCGAUUGGCCAUCGCCAUCGUCAACACCCUGCGCCGGCAGCAGCAGAAACAGCUGGAGCUCUUCCGAAACCACAAGAAAGAUUUGCUUCAUAAAGGGGUGACGUCCAUCACUAAUCUAGAAGGAUGGGUGGGACACCCUCUGGACCCCAUCGGGACGCUCUUCAGCACGCUGAUGGAAACCGGCCGCGGGGAUGAAGACGGUUCGCAAGGAGGGUUUCUAGAUUUCUCAGCCAGCACAAUGAGCUCGAGCAAGCACAGCGAGCUGCUCUUGUUUCCGUCCACGCGCCGAUUCCUGGAGGAGGGUGAAUCAUACCUGUCCCUGGCGGUGGAAACGGCCCUGAUGGGACUGGGUCAGCAAAGAAUCAUGCCCGAUGGACUCUACGCCCAAGAGAAGGUGUGCCGCAACGAGGAGCACCUGAUCGCCAAACUGCAGGAAGUGGACCUGGACGAUACCCUGGUCAAGAUCUUCCGCAAGCAAGCUGUCUUCCUAUUAGAGGGUGGGCCCUACAGUGGUCUGGGAGAGCUCAUCUAUAGAGAGAGCGUUCCGAUGCACACGUUUGCCAAGUAUCUCUUCACAUGCCUCCUACCUCACGAUGCCGAACUGGCGUACAAAAUUGCACUGAGAGCAAUGCGGUUACCAGUGUUGGAAUCCACGGCUCCUUCGGGUGACAUGUCCCGGCCUCACCAUAUAGUAUCAGUCGUCCCCAACCGUUACCCGCGGUGGUUCACCCUCAGCCACAUCGAGUCCCAGCAGUGCGAGCUGGCCUCCACCAUGCUGACCGCAGCCAAAGGCGACGCUCGAAGGCUAGAGACAGUAUUAGAGUCCAUACAGAAGAACAUCCACUCCUCCUCUCAUAUCUUCAAACUGGCGCAGGAUGCCUUUAAGAUCGCGACGCUCAUGGACAGUUUGCCGGACAUCACUCUGCUAAAGGUCUCCCUGGAGCUGGGUCUUCAGGUGAUGCGCAUGACGCUCUCGACGCUGAACUGGCGGCGGCGAGAGAUGGUACGAUGGCUAGUCACAUGUGCCACGGAAGUUGGGGUCUACGCACUGGACAGCAUCAUGCAGAGCUGGUUUACGCUCUUCACGCCCACCGAGGCCACGAGCAUCGUAGCGACCACCGUCAUGUCCAACAGCACCAUCGUACGGCUACAUCUGGACUGCCAUCAGCAGGAGAACCUAGCAAGCAGCGCGCGGACGCUAGCCCUGCAGUGCGCCAUGAAGGACCCUCAGAACUGCGCGCUAUCGGCGCUAACGCUCUGCGAGAAGGACCACAUCGCCUUCGAGACGGCCUACCAGAUCGUGUUGGACGCGGCCACUACGGGCAUGAGCUACACGCAACUGUUCACCAUCGCGCGCUACAUGGAGCACCGCGGCUAUCCGAUGCGCGCGUAUAAACUAGCCACGCUAGCGAUGGCCCACUUGAACUUGAGCUACAACCAGGACACGCAUCCCGCUAUUAACGACGUACUGUGGGCUUGUGCGCUUAGCCACUCGCUAGGCAAGAACGAGCUGGCCGCUAUCAUCCCCCUAGUGGUGAAAAGCGUGAAGUGCGCAACCGUGCUGUCGGACAUUUUGCGGCGUUGCACGCUGACGACGCCCGGCAUGGUGGCGCUGCAUAGCCGUAGGAACUCUGGGAAGUUGAUGUCGUUGGAUAAAGCCCCGCUAAGACAGCUCUUGGACGCCACGAUCGGGGCGUACAUAAACACGACGCACUCGCGGCUCACGCACAUCAGCCCGCGGCACUACAGCGAGUUCAUCGAGUUCCUCAGCAAAGCCAGAGAGACUUUCCUCAUGGCGCACGACGGACACAUCCAGUUCACACAGUUCAUAGACAACCUGAAACAGAUAUACAAAGGCAAAAAGAAACUCAUGAUGCUCGUGCGAGAGCGGUUCGGCUAGCUUUCGCUUGCCUAGAGAUGAGAAAAACAUUACGAACCACACCGGUAUUAUGUGUAUAGACUUGCGCAAAAAAAAGAAAACGGGAAAAAAAAGUGGAACGUUGUCAUGUUGUUGGAAGUUUGUGUGUUUCCCCUUUUAUUUGUGUGAAAGAGUAUGUCACGACGUUUGGGUUUACACUGAGUAUAUGUUGUCCAGUGGCGAAAGUCCACACAGCACUCCAGAUCUCUCUGUUUAACAUUCACAGCCUCAAAGUGAAGAAGAAAAAUGGCUUUAAACCAAACAACACCUCCAUCCUAAGUGACAAGUACCUCGUACGGCUUCAGCUUUACUCCUUCCUGAACCAGUCACACGUUACCAGUGUACUAAAGAAGUGUUAGAAACCAGAAAAACAAAAGCACGUCUCCAUGUUUUAUUUUUUAAAUUCCUUUUCAGUUCACCAGGCUAAUUGCGUGGCUUUGCAGUGCUGUUUCGUCCAAAAGCAUGUCACACACACACGCUUCAACCCCAUUUUGAUUGCGCUUGUGGAAACUUAGCGACUGUCGACAUACAUCUCAGGGAUUCUCUUUGAAAAAAAGGAAAAAAAGAAGAAAAAAAUGGUCAUGAAAGAAUGAGAGCAUUUUAUUGUACUGUAUAUAUGAUAGUAUAUGUCUGAAUAUUGAAAAAAUGUAUACGUUAACUAAUUUAUAAAAAGAAUAUUCUAUGUAAUGCAAAAUACUUGAAGCUGCAGUACCUUGGUCUGAAAUAAAACAUAUCAGAGGGACUAAACGAAACGCGAGCCUCGGGCUGUGUUCGGAACGGAAGGCUAGCGCGCGCGCGCUGCGUGGGAAACGGAAACGGUAGGCAUUAUUAUUCCACGAGGAACGUUUCUCCUGACGUUGCAUGUUUAAUUCAGUUCGUCUUUUUCACAUUUAAUCUGCAUUGCACAGUAUCAUCCGCAGUGCCAGUGCGCUAGCGUGCCUUUCCGAACACGGCCGCGCUGUCGGGGCUUGAAUCGGGCAGUGAACCCGUGUGUCGGGUCUCUAUGCUAAUGCGCGAUUCACGAUCUGGGUCGAGUUAGCAUUGGCGUAGACCCGAGGGCACCUGUGGUUUGGACGGACACCCAGUGAACCAGAGCAGCAAGCCUUAGCAUUAAGAAUUGGGAAUGCAAGAAACGCAGGCCCACGUGCCUCAAAAAACGCCUAGAAAUGUAGAUCCAACAGUAUCGAUGUUAACGCAAACAUGCCGAGCGAUUGGCCUGACGCUCUUGUUUCUUUCCACAAUAAUCGAGUCACGACGAAACUCCAUUUUUAUGCACAAUAACAUGUACAUGCCUAUCUGCUGACAUCUUAACUUUGUGCAAGACAGAAAGUUGCUGUGUAGGUCUGACUGUUCAAAUGUUUUUUUUUUUUUUUUUUUUUUUUUACGUUUUGUCGUUCCUAUAGGAUUCCUCAACGAAACGAAAACAGCCUUCUUUCUUGCCUUGUCUUAACGCUUUAAAAUAACCAAACUGGAGUUCUAACUACCAAACUUGUUCGUUAAAAAUGAAAGCCAACCAACUUUGGUUACAACUUUACUGUCUUUAAUUUUAGCUGAAUGGUUCUGUAUUCUGUGCUUUAAAAGCAGGUUUCCUAUGUUUUUGGUGCAAAAACGUUGUCGAGUGUCCCCUUCCUUAGAGGUUUGUCUGUAGCUCUUUUUAUUUUACUUUAUUUUGUUCGUUUAGAAACAGAAAUAUCUUCUUUUUUUUUCAUUUUAUUUAUUAUACAAGGUAAACGAUUGUACUUCACCCGUGUCAACAUUCUCAUGAAGUUGAAUUUAAGAUUUGAUACACCGAUAUCAAUUUAUUUAUGUAACUAAAUCACUGUUUUAUAAACUUGUUAAUGAUUCAACAUUUUUGUUUUAAUUAAAAUUAGUUUUUUGAGA